AUGACCACGACCGAUGGCUCUGCCGCCCCGCCACCGAAGAAGAGGCGACGAAGAACCGCUGCGAGCGGUGCCACCGACGACUGCUUCACCUGCAGAAAGCGAGGCGACGUUGUCUGUGAUCGCAAAAGACCGUACUGCACGCAAUGCAUUGAGAUUGGUAGAGAGUGUUCGGGAUACAAGACCACCCUGACCUGGGGUGUCGGCGUUGCCAGCCGCGGAAAGCUGCGAGGACUCUCGUGUCCGGUGACUGCCAAGAAUAACGGUAACGUUGCUGAGGUUGACAACGGAGAGGAUGAAGUCCGUCGAAGAAAGAAUUCCGUCAGUAGAGUGGUGAAAGAGGAAGAGCGCAACGAUGUGAACAUCUCCAGUGCGCCAAUCUACAACCACCACCAACAGCCGCAGUUCAGCGGUCCAACAUCCGCGCCUAGUCAUGCGCCGGCAUUCCAGCCAACGCUGCCCACGAUCACAUCUGGACAGCAAGGGUGGCACGUACCGGGAUACCAAGACCACAUCCAAGCGCAGCAGCAGCGGAGUGAACGACCUUCCGUGUUGAGACAUCACUCUCUGCAGCACAUCCAUACCUCGUUGGGCCCACAGUACGAUGCACAUGGUAUGCCAACGUCGGGAAGCUCGGUCGGCUCAUUUGCAGAUGCUGAGUUCCACUCACCACUGGAAUACCCGCAUACACCCGGCUCGACCACCUAUACCGAUCCCUUUUCGCAGUCGGCACCGGUUUCGUAUACAAGCCAGCCUCUGAGCAGCUCGAUCGAUUCGUGGGCUGAUACCUUGAGCUCGAGCGUCGACUCGCUACACAGUGCAGCUUCGUUCAACGACACCAUUUCGUUAGAGCCUCCUAGGACAGAUUUCAACAACUUCAACCAGGGCAUCGCCAGUCACGAUGAUAUCCUCUUCUCGCCAGGCUACGAAACAGGAUACAACCCAUUCGACUUUAAUGACCACCACCAGCAGGACAACAGUGAACAGGAUGAUGUCAAGAGCCUGGCCAUUUUCGACCCUCGCUUUGGGGGACCGUUCUACCACGUCACGCCUCGAUUACAAUCGUUGAUGGAAUAUUACGAUCGUCAUAUAUGCCCGUAUCUGGUUGCUUUUGACGGUGCUGAGAAUCCCUAUCGAAAGUACAUCUUGCAGCUCGCCAUGCAGAAUGAGGGAUUGCAGAACGCUGUAGCUGCUCUGGCUACUAAUAAUCUACGCAUGCGGAAAGCUGAACCUCGAAGGCAGAUGGGAUUCGUCGAAGAGAUCACCGAUGCUUUUGACGGGACUUCGAGAAAUAGCCAACUCAACGAACCAACACCGGAAGAGACGUGCUACAAGCAAAUGUCCAUCGAUCAGCUGAACAUGCAGUUGACGGAUCCUCGAGCCGCUCAGGACGAUUCAGUCCUAGCAACUCUUCUCAUCCUCUGCCUAUUCCACGUCUGCGACUCGGGCUUCAGCAAGUUCAAGACCCAGCUGGCUGGCGUCCAGAAACUGCUCUCCCUACGAAGCCCUCACGGACAAUCCGACUUCACGCAAUGGGUGGAAAUGUUUUUCAUCUGGUUCGAUGUCAUGACGAGCGCCGUCAACGACCGAGAAAUGCAAAUCAAAGGCGAAUCCCUCGACAUGCUCGACUACUCGGCCAACCUAGGCGCUCUGGAGCAAUUCUCCGGCUGCGACGGCCGCCUCUUCAAACUCAUCGCUCGCCUCGGCCGUCUCAACCUCCUCGCCCAAGGCCGACCCGUCAAAAGCCAAGGCAAAGCCGUCCCUCGCCCCCCAACAAUGCAACCUCCCUUCCAAAACCCUUCACCCCCAACGCGAAAGCCGAUGCCCCCUCGCUCCCUCUCACUCGCCGACUACGACAACAUCGACGGCAACGGCUGGGGCACCCCCAUCAUCUCCCCACCCACCUCCGAAGACGACAGCCCAACGUCCUCCCCCCUCAGCACUCCACCCCCAAAAGACUCCCGCACGGAAUUCUGGUCCGAAUGGACCGACAUCCGCACGCGCCUCCAAACCUGGCAAAUGGACCACCACCCCUUCAACAACACGCCCCCACCCGGCGCGACCUCGACCACGGCCCCCGAAUUCGAAAUGGGCCAACGCGACCUCCUGCACAUCAACGAAUCCUUCCGCUACUCCGCCCUCCUCUACACCGAACGCCUGGGCCACCCGCUCCUCCCCUCCUCGCACCCCAACUUCCAAACGUACGUCACCAAAGCCCUCGCGCACAUCACCGCCCUCGAAAUCACGUCCUGCGUCAACAAAUUCCUCCUCUGGCCCCUCUUCAUCACGGGCACCGAGUGCGUCGACGAAGGGCACCGGAAUAUCAUCCGCGCCCGCUGCGUCGAGGUGCAGAAGGAAUCGGGGUUUUAUAAUAAUAUCUCUGGCUUGGAGGUGCUGGAGAAGGUCUGGCGGGACGUGGGGAUGGUGGGGCAUGUGCAGGGGAUGGAGGCCGCGGAGGUUAAGGCUAGGAGGAGGGAUAGUGAGGCGGGCAGGACGGGACGGUAUGGGCAGGCGUUUCGGUGGAGGAAGGCGAUGGAUCGCGUGGAUGGGGAGUAUGUGGUUGUUUAG